UCUAUAUCUUGUAGAAUUUUCUUUGUUUUCAUUACAGUUUUAGAGCCUUUAAAAGUGUUUGGUGUUAAAACGACAAAUUAUUUUAACGGAAACCAACAAUUCCGAAGUGAUAAAAGUGGCACAGGAGCUGGUGGACGUGUGCGAGUGAUAAUAAUGUGUUAAGUGUUGUUAAAUUCCUUAACAUAGAACGAGAUAGAUUGACACUUUAAUAUCUGUCAGUUCUUGCAACAAAGUCUAUUUUAAUUUUGCAUAUUGACAAGAUAUAAUUCAUCCUGACGAGGGUAACGUCCGUCCGUUCGAGAUAGACGGGGCGAGCCAUGCUGAGUCGUGCCCGCCCUGUCGCUGUCGUCGUCGUUACGUCCGUCUUCGUUCAUCACGAAAACAAACGGUCACCCUAAUAAAAUUGCAUCGUUCGACGAGAGCGUCGGCAGCUCCCGAGAUGACAAUGUGAGCAGGUGUGUGGCGCACCGCUGGUGAUAACAAGCCCAGGUUGCGGGCCCAGCAUGGGCCAAGAGCCCCGGCCCGAACCAACAAUGAAUAACCAAGCAGCCCCGGCCCGGUCUCCGGGCUAUCACCAAAAGGCCAUGGAGGAGAUCCAAAACUCGCUAAGGCCGUUCGCGAAGAGCGGCAGUGACGCAGCUAGUACUAUAUCGAACUUUUCGGCGACGAGUGGCGUCAGCUCGAUGAGCUCUUCGGCAUCGACGGGCAUAGGUUCCGCUGGAAGUGGUCCCGCUGAAAAGGACGUCCUGUUGCUCAGGCAACUUCUUAGCAUGGGAUAUCCAGAGGAUUCAUCAACGAGAGCACUUCAAUUGGCUAAUGGACGGCUGGACAUGGCCCUCGAUUUCCUGAAACAACCGCUGGAUGGUACAGGUGGGGGCGCCAAACCCAGCAGCUUCUCCAAACUGAUUCGGAAGCCGAGCAUCGAACGUGAACUUGCAUUGCCCCGCAGCAGUCCGGCAUUGGACAGUGGGGCAGGCAGCUCCCGAUCAGAUAGUCCCCGCCUCACCGAUAUUCACUCGACAGUCAGUCGAUAUUCACCCAGUUUCAAUGAGCCUCCGCCCCCUCCUCCACCGAGGAAUACUCCCCCACCUCCACCGCCCCACGUACCGUGUAACGUCGUGCAGCCACCGUACUUAAAACGGAUGUCUCCGGCGCCCGGACUACCAUCUCGCCCGCCGGCCGUUGCCCCCUCAUACAAUUCAUCGUCCCUCCAACAGAGGGGCACUAGUCCUGUAAGUAGCGUGUCAUCUUCUAGUGGCCGACAACCAAUGGUUGUACAAAACGGCCCAGCUGUCCAGCAACAGCUGACCCAACAGAUGCAAGCGUUUAGUCUUUAUCAGACGGGAGCAGGUGGCGCACCUACGGCUGAGCCGCCGCCACCUUAUCCCCUGAUAACACCCAGUCCAUCCAAUGCCCCUGCCCCGCCCCCGUCAUAUUCCGCCUCGAUUCAGAACCGACAGAGUCCCACCCAAGAUUUUAGGAAAAGUCCAUCUUCUGGUAUUUACUCAGGCAGCACAUCCGCAGGCUCACCAAGUCCGGUGCCAGUCUCGACGACCACCCCUACCGCCAUGGCGCGACCACAGCCCUUGCAGGCGUGGAGCGCCCGACAAGCCGUAUCUCAACCGCCGAUCAUCAUGCAGUCGGUCAAAAGUACGCAGGUUCAAAAGCCCGUGCUUCAGACAGCGACGGCACCUCCAAUCCCGGCGUCGCCGACAAGCACCACACCGCCGGCCACUUGCGCACCACCUCCUUCAUAUAUGGUUUCGAUACAGCAAAAGGCAGCCGCCGUGGCCUCGUACGCAAACGGUUCGAAACCGGCCGCGCCGUUGCCCGCUGGUGUUACCGCACCAGUUCUGGCCGUCACGAAUUCAAGUCCGGUGACUGUGCCGACCACGGAACCACCAAGUUACGCUAGCACUAUGCAGGCCAAGGUGAAAGCGAGAGGAAUGUUACCACCACCUUACCCAGACGAGGCCCAUCCCGCCCAGGUUUACACGGUAGACAGUUCGAUGUCGUCCAGGGCAACCGCACACGUACAUCAACCCUUACAAAGAAAGUAUUCGCCGGGUGUGCCGCCGCCUGACUGCCGUUCCGACAGUCCACAGUCGACAUCGUCGGGCGACAGUCGGCCACCGUAUCCCGAUAACGGAGCUCCGCCAUUACCUCCCACAGCAUCAUCGUCGGUUAAGAACAACAACAAUCUCAACAACAACCAUGCGCUUACUAACGGCAACGGAGAUCCGAAACAUACGGAUCAGCCGCCGCAGUUGCCACCCUACACAAAAAUCAAACAUCAAUCGCCGAUACCUGAACGUAAGAAAAUUAGCAAGGAAAAAGAGGAGGAACGGCGUGAUGGCAAAGUGAAGAACUACUCGCCACAGGCGUUUAAGUUCUUCAUGGAGCAGCACAUUGAAAAUGUGAUCAAGUCAUACAGGCAAAGGGUGUUAAGGAGAAUACAGCUGGAGAAGGAAAUGAACAAGAUUGGGCUGAGUGCGGAUGCUCAGCAGCAAAUGCGGAAAAUGCUGUCGCAAAAGGAGUCUAAUUAUAUCAGGUUAAAACGUGCUAAAAUGGACAAAAGCAUGUUUGUACGUAUCAAACCGAUUGGAGUGGGCGCUUUCGGUGAAGUAACGCUGGUGCGCAAGAUUGACACGAAUCACUUGUAUGCAAUGAAGACGCUCCGCAAAGCGGACGUCCUUAAACGCAACCAGGUGGCUCAUGUCAAAGCGGAGCGGGACAUCCUCGCAGAGGCGGACAACGAAUGGGUCGUAAAGUUGUACUACUCAUUCCAGGACAGCGACAUAUUGUAUUUCGUAAUGGACUACAUACCAGGCGGAGAUCUCAUGUCGCUGUUGAUAAAGCUGGGAAUUUUUGAGGAGAAGUUGGCUAGAUUUUACAUAGCAGAACUGACUUGUGCUGUGGAAAGUGUUCAUAAAAUGGGUUUCAUCCAUCGUGAUAUUAAGCCUGACAAUAUAUUAAUAGAUAAGGAUGGCCAUAUCAAACUAACCGACUUUGGUUUAUGCACAGGCUUUAGAUGGACUCAUAACUCCAAAUAUUAUCAACCCAAUGAUCAUAAUCGGCAGGAUUCAAUGGAUCCAAUAGACGACUGGAACGACGAGGAGUGCAAGUGCAAGAACAUGAAGCCCUUAGAGAGGCGACGCAGGCGUGAGCAUCGCUGUCUGGCACAUUCGCUGGUCGGAACGCCCAAUUACAUAGCACCCGAAGUGUUACAGCGUACAGGUUACACACAUGUAUGCGAUUGGUGGAGCGUUGGCGUGAUUCUCUACGAGAUGCUUGUCGGCCAGCCUCCAUUUCUCGCUAACACUCCCGCCGAGACGCAAUACAAGGUGAUCCAUUGGGAAACGACACUGCAAAUCCCGAAGCAAGCCAACCUUUCGAACGAAAGCACCGACUUGAUUCUGAAGUUGUGUUGCAGUGCUGACAAGCGUUUGGGUAAGGACGCUAGCGAGGUUAAGUCGCACCCGUUCUUCGAUCAGAUCGAUUUCGAAAAGGGCCUGCGCAGGCAGCCGGCACCUCAUAAACCGCUCAUCGAAUAUCCAACGGACACGUCCAAUUUCGAUCCGAUAGAUCCGGACAAGUUGCGUAACUCCACGUCAAUCGAUUCGGGCGCAAAUGACGAUAUGAACGACGAUUCGAAGCCGUUCCACGGUUUCUUUGAGUUCACGUUCCGAAGGUUUUUUGACGAUGGGGGCGGUCCAGCUUUCAAUAACAGGAUCAACCUGGACGAUAAUGACAAUCAGGGAGGACCGGUGUACGUGUGACCCCCGCGACGGGGCGUGACUAAUUUCGUACACGCCGGUGACUGGAUUGGAACCCUGUGCGUAAACAUCUCGUGAUCGUUUUUGCUUGUUGAGCACUGUUGGCGCCGGCGUUCGUGCGCCCCUUACGUAAAGGGUGGACGCCUCUUUCGGCGUUUGUGUGCUAUCGUAGUUUUAAUACAUGAAAACAAUUUGUAAGCAAAAAAUUAGAAUCUUUGUAAUUAAGGGAUCGUACUGACAAACUACAGGGCGUCCUAGAAUAUUAUAUUUCUGAACUGACAUUAAAAAAAAAUCAGAAUACGCAAUAUUAUGUGAUGAUUGAUUAAUUGAACAAAGUUCUCAUAGAGCAAUAGAAACAGUUUUGUGUUAGGUGCUUAUAUCUCUAUUGCUAAUUGAAAAUUUGAAGCUAGUCGAUCACCCGUAGGAUGCUAUUAAUAUUUCUAGUGUGACGUCCUGCUGUUGAAAUUGCCUGUGGUGCCUUAUUAGUGCCUGAUCGCCGCAAUAUACAUAUAUCAUACAUAUUUAUCGAGUUUGCCCCUUAUACAGUAUGCGCACUAUACUUUAAACAUGAUUAUUUAAAAACAAACCUGUUAAAGGAAUAGUGCUUAACGAUAAUUGAUAUAACCAAAGUCUAAAAUAGCUGCCUUAUAUUUUAUACAUAUAUAAUAAAAUGAAUGCCUUUUUCUGCUCAAUACUAGUAUGCUAAGAGGACAUGUAAAAUUGAAUUUUAUAUAUGUAGUACAAUUUUAGAAAUCAGUAACAAUAAUGGUGUUAUAAAACAAUAUUUUAUGUAUAUUUAUAAAUUAUUUAAAGAACAAAAUACUAAAAGAAAAGAUGGUGCUAAUUUUAAUCAUAUAUUAUAAUGUGAUAUAUACUUAAUAUCCACAUAAAUUCGUCACUAAAAUUAAGUAUCUUUUUGAUCAUCGUAUACUUAUUCUUACCUAGUUAGUUUGCUUACUAAGAACAGUUGUUUUGUUAAUUGAAAAAGCACCUAAAACAAUAAAACACAUUGACCUCUUACAAUUCUUGUGAACAAAAAACACUUUUGUGUUUUAUUUAUUUGUUUUGACGGUCUCUGUGGAUAUUAAUGUAUUGAACAGUAAUAAAUUAUUAUUGCUAUUUGUGUAUAUUUUGUAAAUUCUAGAGAUUUAGUGUACAUAAAUUAUUUUAAUAUCAAAAAAUGAUAUAUUAUGUAAAAUCAAUGUUGGAGAGUGAAUUGUUGCGAAUAUAAAAGAAAUAAAUUCUAACCAAAGAAAAGUUUAA